CCGCCCCGCCCGCCGCGCAUGCGCGGGGCGCGAGCGGCCGGCGGAGCGGAGAGGUGUCCCUGAAACAUGGCAGUCAAAUGGACUGGUGGACAUUCGUCUUCUAUAUUGUGCUUGAACGUAAACUCGGAAGGUCUGGUGGCUUCAGGCGCAGAGAGAGGCGAGCUCACGCUCUGGGAUGGGGGAGGCACCCCAGCAGGACAGCUCCAGCUCCCGGAGGCAGAUGAUGUGACCUCCGUGGUGUUCUCUCCCUGCUGUCCCACCAGGCUGUACACUUCCCACGGAGAAACUAUCAGUUUGCUGGAUGUCCGAUCCCUCAAGGAGCCCGUUGAAUGCUUCCAUGUGAAUGAGGAGGAGAUCAACUGCCUCUCAGUGAACGAGACUGACAAUUUCUUGGCUGCAGCAGAUGACUCAGGGGCAAUAAAAGUUAUGGACUUGGAAAACAAGAAAGUCACCCGGUCCUUGAGACACUCAAACAUCUGUUCCUCUGUUGUCUUUUGACCUCAGAGGCCUCAAAGCCUUGUUUCCUGUGGACUCGACAUGCAGGUUAUGCUGUGGAACCUGCAGAAAGCUCGCCCCUUGUGGACCACAAACCUGCAGGAGUGUGAACCAGAGAACGGUCCACAGUCAGCUGGCCAGUUCUUCAACCCGCCGCUUGCACAUUCCCUGUCUGUUGCUUCCUGCGGCAACAUCUUUGGCUGCGGAGCUCAAGACGGCAAAGUCAGAAUAUUUAGAGUCACCGGUGUCAAGUUUGAACGUGAGCUGGAGUUUCAAGGUCACAGCUUGGGAGUAUCGCAGGUUCUCUUUAUGCCAGAAGCGUACUGGUUGUUGACUGGAGGAAACGAUGGGAAAGUCUUGCUCUGGGAUGUCAGCAGUGACAUUGGAAAGCAGCUGAAAAGUCCAGCAAAAUCGCUGCAGAGAAGGAAGGCCCAUGCACCUGCUUCCACCAGAAAAGAUGGGAAGCUCAACAAAGUGGCUUCAAAUGAACAUGCUAGAGUUUUACCAAAGGUAGCCAUUGAGCACGGAGAGAAGGUGAACUGGAUCGCAUGUGCAGAGAUCAAAGGGUCCAAAAGAGUAUUAGUUGCUGAUCAGAGUAGUUCUGUAUCUGUGUAUCCAUUGCCAGAACAGUCGACACUGAGAUGUUGAAAGAAAUUUCAGGGCCAAAACCACUUCUAAGAGUGUUGAAAGGAGUCCAGUUAAAUGUGCUGACAGUGAACUGAACAGUGAAACCUGCCGCAUCCUUCCGAAGGGGAAGGGAUUUGCUGUGUACUCAUGCAAGUACUUGUAAGUGGCUUUACAUGAUGUUUUACAGUGGCUGUUGGUAUUCACUGCAGCUCUUUCUUACAGGGUUGGCAGUUUGCUUCUUGAAUGUAGGUGAAACGGGUUUCAGUAUAUUUAGGGGUAAUAUUAGUUCAUGAAUAAGCUGACAUAAUUAAGGUUGGAGGAAGACAUUCACACUCAUGGGGAUGCCUACAAUGCUAAAUGAUGCCGAGCAGUUACAAAGAUGACAUUGACUGAGCCUCUUGCACUUUGAACUAUUGCAGUGCUUUACAUUACUCUCCUCUGUUAAACUGUGUCAUAGCUUAAGUGGAAAUACAUUUUUCAUUAGUAGGUCAGCAGCUGCAUAUAAGACUAGAGACGCAUCAACUAAUGAGUAAUCCAGUUAGUUUAACUGUCAUUGCCAAUUGGAUUUUUUCACACUGCAGUAAACGAAGGAGCAGGGGAAAUGUUAACAUCUGUUUAAUGGGUCAGCUGCUUUAUGCAUUCAGUUGUCUAUCCCAGGGAAAAAUAACUAUUACACUUGUCUUAAUAAAUGCUUUCUUUCUCACUG